GCACCUUUCUCUGAUUCUCUCCCUUCCUCUCUGCAAUGAAAGCAAAAAGCACAAAGCUGUUUUGAACGAACGUUUACAUUAAGCAUAGAUUAGAUUUAUUUUCAUCCUUUGCAAAUAGCAAUAGCAAUAGCGAUUCUCUUCUUUUCUAUUUCCAUUUCACUCCUUUCUCUCUCUUUGCAGUGGCUGUGUGCGCCACUUCAGAGAGAGAUUGUGAAGGGUUUGUUUCUAUUAUCUCUCAAACCAGUUUCUCAGAAGGAAAAAGAAAACAGUGGAAUCAUAGAAAGGGUAAUUUGGUAACUUCAAUUCCUCCAUGGUUGUAUUCAUUCACUCGAACAACGACACUCUCUUCAUCUCCGGCGCCGGCGGCGCCAGGUUCUCUGCUAUGGCCGCGGCGGCGUCGGCGUCCACUCCGGCGGUGCUCUUCACUGCCUUGGCUGGCCUCGCUAUCGUCGCCGUCAUCUUCUACGGUGUCAGUAGGUAAAAACCGAAGACCUCUCAAAUGAACAAAGUAGAGAGAGCAUAGCAAUCGUGAAAACCCUAGCUCGUUCAGGCCUAUAUGGUGACACUGUUUUUUAUUCCGAUUUUGUUACACUGAAAGGGGAAAAACCAAAAACUUAAAGUGUACAUAGAAGGAAUUUACAGAUGAAUCCCCUUAGACGAAGUGACAAUUCAUCUUCGUUGUCUUCGAAUUCCUCUCCUUCUUCAUCGUCGUCGUCUUCGUCGUGGAUCCAUUUGCGAUCGGUUCUAUUCGUUGUUAGUUCUUCCUCACCAGCUUCUUGUUCGUCCUCUGAUCGGGGUCGACUUAAAUCCCCAUGGUCACGCAGGAAAAGAAAACGUGUCCUUUCACCUCAGCAGUGGAAGAGCCUGUUUACCCAAGAUGGGAGAAUUCGUGAUGGUGGAAUUAAAUUCCUUAAAAUAAUUCGCAGUGGAGGUGUUGAUCCUAGUAUUAGGGUUGAAGCUUGGCCAUUCCUACUCGGAGUCUAUGAGUUGGACAGUACCAAAGAAGAAAGAGAAGCUAUAAGAGCCCAAAAUAGAAAGGAGUAUGAGAAGCUUCGCAGACAAUGCCAGCAACUGCUAAAGCAGAGUAAUGGGAGCUUUAAGUUAAAUGAAAUAGGUGAAAUCAGCUAUGAAGGAGAUGGCGGAAGUCUUGUUCAAGAUUAUGGUUCUCCAAGUUUAGAAGAUGCAACAAGUGCCAGAGAAUCGCUUUCCAGUGAGGAACGAAGCCUGGAUAUUGAGUAUUCAGAUGAUCCAUCGGGUGCCCUGUUGGAAGGAGAUGAUGCUCCAAACACUAGCAAUGCUGAUUCCUCUGUGCCAGAUACUGAUUCCACUGAUUCAGACUCCUCGGAAGGUCCUGAGGUAAUUCAAACAUUUCCUUCUGAUGAUGGUCAGGAAGAGAACAAUUCAAAGGAAAAUGUUUCUUCCUCCCAAAUGAAAGUCCCAUCAAAACUAUGGAGUAAUGAAGAUUUUGCCACAUGGCAACGAAUCAUUCGACUUGAUGCAGUACGUGCCAAUGCAGAAUGGAUGCCAUACUCCCCUUCUCAGGCUGUUGUAGCAGACAGUAGGGCACAUCAUUCUGCCGAGGCUGUUGGCUUGAAGGAUUAUGGUCACCUAGACUCUGCCAGAAUCUUUCAUUCUGCUCGACUAGUUGCUAUUCUCGAAGCAUAUGCUCUAUAUGACCCUGAAAUUGGCUACUGCCAGGGUAUGAGUGAUCUUCUAUCUCCUAUAGUUAGUGUUAUAUCAGAAGAUCACGAGGCUUUCUGGUGUUUUGUUGCAUUCAUGAAGAAGGCUCGGCAGAAUUUCAGGCUUGAUGAGGUGGGUAUUAGGAGGCAACUUGAUAUAGUAGCAAAAAUUAUCAAGUUUAAGGAUGCCCACCUGUUCAGGCAUUUGCAGAAGCUUCAGGCCGAGGAUUGCUUUUUUGUGUAUAGGAUGGUGGUGGUAUUGUUUAGAAGGGAGUUGACAUUUGAACAGACUCUGUGUCUUUGGGAAGUAAUGUGGGCUGAUCAAGCAGCUAUCAGGGCAGGUAUUGGGAAAUCUGCAUGGAGCAGAAUUAGGCAGCGUGCUCCACCAACAGACGAUUUACUGCUUUAUGCAAUAGCAGCUUCAGUUUUACAGAAGAGGAAAUUGAUUAUUGAGAAAUAUAGCAGCAUGGACGAGAUCAUUAAGGAAUGCAAUGGCAUGGCUGGACAACUUGAUGUUUGGAAGCUGCUGGAUGAUGCCCAUAAUUUAGUAGUCACCCUUCAUGACAAAAUGAAAAUAGACACAUCUUUCCGAUGACUGAAGUUGAUACACAAGCAAACUAGUUUACAAUAUUAAAAAACUUUCAAGGUGCCAGAUUUUUCCUCCGUGUCUACAAUUAAGUCCUGCAAAUGUUGAGUUUAUAUGGCAACGGUGCUUGCUGCUUGCGGAAACUUGCCACUGCUUAUUUAAAAGGCUCAGUUUCGACAUUGUUGGCUAAUGUGGGUAUCGAAAUUGGCUAGACUUAGAUGCACGCUUUUCUUUUCCACGUUGGCUCCUUCCUUUUCCUUUUGGCUGGUUUACAAUAUCGUCAAAAGAUCUUAACUUUCAAGCUGCCACUGCUUUUAUUUUUUAAUUCUGAUUUGAGACACCUACAACCCCAGCUUUUCGCAAAGAUGCUGCGAGAUGUGUCUCAAAUCAGAAUUAAAAAAUAAAAGCAGUGGCAUCUCAUGAGUUUGAGGGAUAUCUUCACUAUGUUCCGUCGCUGCCGGUGGCCAUUAAAUUCUUGUCGUCGUUGGAGAAAUCAUAUGACUGGAGGCAGAGACACCUCAUUCAAGUUUCCACACACCGUUUGAAACCCAAAUAGGAAGCGGGUUUCUGUUUGGAAGAGGGAUGCUGAGUGUAUUGGUAUAAAAAGUUGGAGAAAGGGGGAGGGACAACCCAUUGCUGGAAAAGAUAUUAAACUUGUUCAUCCCAACCAUGUUUGCAUAGUCACGCGAAUAGGGAAGUGCAGCGGCACAUGUAACAUGUUUUCCGGUGAAGCCUAAGGGUGGAGACUUGCAGCGGAUUCACGUGAACUCAAAAAGGAUUGAAUAAAAAGCUAAAUUUGGUUUAAGGAUCAGAGUUAAAAUAUAAAUUUAUCAUCUCAUCUAUUCAUAUUUAAGGAUGCCAUAUUAACAGUUAUAAUUCAAUGAUUCACCCAUGUGAAAAAUAUGCUUCGGUCCAUUGUAACACGACCAACUUGGCCACAUUAAUUGAUCACACAGCUUCUUCUUU